CAUAAACUAUAUAUAAAACUCGUACUUAGUUAUCCUAUAAAAUUUUUAAACUAGUUUUUUUAAGUAUUUACAAUUAUUUUGUACUAAAAAUAAUUUAUAAGAUUUUUAGAAAGAAUAUUAAAUUUUGUACAUUGUGUUUCUUUGUAUCAUGUCAAAAUAUAAUACAAGUAGAUUACGACAAAUGAAACAAGGUGUUGAAAAGAUUCAGCAUGGAAAAUUGCGUACUAAUAUACCGGCAGGUAUGGCUACGCCAGGUCCACCUCUUGGUCCAAUGUUAGGCUGUAGAGGUAUAAAUAUUACUGCAUUCUGCAAGGACUUUAAUGAGAAGACAAAAGAUUAUAAGAAUGGUAUUCCAUUACCAACACGAGUUCAUGUAAACCCAGAUAGAAGUUAUCAAAUUAAUAUUACCAAACCACCUUCCAUGUACUAUUUAAAACAAGCAGCUGGAAUACAAAAAGGUGCUAUGAAUCCUUUAAAAGAAACUGCAGGUAUGGUUACAUUAAAACAUAUAUAUGAAAUAGCCAAAAUAAAACAAACUGAUGAAAAUUUAGAGUUUAGAAGCUUAGAAGAUAUAUGUAAUAUGUUAAUUUCUACUGCUAGAUCAUUAGGUAUAAAAGUAGUCAAAGAUUUAGAUCCUUCAGAAUAUCAAACAUUUUUAGAAGAAAGAAAAAUUGUUUUAGAAGAACGUAAACGUGAACUACAGGACUUGAAAGAAUCAAAAAUGUUACGAACUGGUUAAAAAAUAUAAUCUUGUGAAAUUGUAGAUAAUGUUGUAAUAAAUAGAAUUCGUAUUUUA